AUGCGGCCAGGGUCUGCUUACAAACUUAGUCGGCCAGCACUGACAUCAGCAGCUGGGCGUAGUGCUAUGCUAAACGCUUCGCCGCGGCAAACACUCACUAAUAGAAUAAAGCUAUUUUCAGAUGGGACAUCUAUCUUUUUAGAAAGAACCGCAGAGGAGCGCCUGGCAAACCAUGACUCUAUUAGCAUAGAUCGGUAUAGCCUCACGGCUCUCCCUCUUCUCAAAUCUUCCGAUCCUGCGGUCAUCAAGCUCUCAUGUGUGUCCAACAAUAUUCAGAGACUAUCGGAUGCCUUGUUGAGGCUGCCAGGCUUACAAUAUCUUGAUAUUAGUAGUAAUAAGCUAGACACACUUGAUGGUGUAUCUGCCUUUUGCCCUAAUCUUCGGGUGUUGAAAGCACGAAACUGCCUGUUAACUCAGAUUGAUGACUUGAGCGGCCUCUCUCACCUCAAAUAUCUAGACCUGGGAGAUAACCAAUUGGCUGGUGCCAUGGUCCUUGAUUUCUCACACUUCCCUUCAACCUUACAGUUUCUAUCUCUGCGGAAUAACAAACUAACUUCUAUUGCAUCUACUAAGGCCGUAUUUUCAAAGCUUUUGGAUCUUAAUUUAGGAGGUAAUAGGCUUGAGCAGAUAGAGAUCGAUCCUAGGACGUUACCAAAACUCCUGAAGAUUGACCUUGGAGGUAAUGCUGUGCACGAUCCUUCCGAUCUGAAACCUCUGCUAUCCAUUUCUUGCUUAAAGCUGAUAGUAAUAAAGCACAAUUCACUCUGCAUACCGUUUGAGCCUCUAUUUACCACCCGAAUGUCCAAUCAGCAGAUAAUACAGAGCUUCUCAAACGUCUUUAGUCAAUUAGCAGGAUUAGCCAAUAGUUGUAACUUGACUAAGUGUAGCACAGAAGACCACUCCUUUCUCUUGCUAGCAGACUUUGGUGACUUCAGGCACUACUUCGUUCUGCGUUAUAAGGACCCCAAGCGCGGUACCCCUCAGCUCUCGUUCUCAGAUGUCAAGGUUGAGAAAGCCAACUUUUUGUUAAAGCCGGUUCAUAAUCUCCAUUCAGGCUUCACGUUUGAGCACUACAUGCCUGACACCAGUACAUCCGAUCCUGACUUUCGUAAAGCACUUCCUCCUGAGCUUCUUGACGACACCCUUGUCUAUCUUACAAACCAAAAGACUCGUCGAUCUAAGGUUUCGGGGGAAUCUAUAGAGAGUAGUCACACUGAGACAUACAGCUACUAUUCAACGGACGAAGAAGCUCUUCCCACAGAAGCAAAAGGCUCCGGACGGGUGUCCACCACAUCUGUGGCCCAAGCAUCGAGGAUACCUCGCCCUGUUUCAGAAAACGCGGCCACUCGACGGCAAGAGUCGGUUCAAUUCAAUAGCAAAACAUUUAUAGAUGACGCAGCUUCUAAACUGAUGAAAAAGUUGGAAUCGAUAAGUACAAAGCGGACUCAGCCGUCACCACAGCCAUCGAAAGUGACUCCACCUUCUUCCAAGAGUUUCACCUGUAUCUCCAAAGCAGAUAUCAAAAAGGCAUAUGCAGCGUCUUCUGUCCCUUCUAUUUGCAGCGAUUCGUCAGCGACUAAUCUGCUCCAGCCUCAUACUGACGUUUCUAUGGCACAGAAUGUGGGGUCUCUAUUCACUCCUGCACUCUUCCAAACACCUAAGGGGGCAGCAGAGCAACUUCGAUCGUUGAGUCCCCUCAGUGUUCUUAUGAGACCUUCAGUAACGGGAAACCCUGUUCUGAUAGGAAAAGAAUUAAGAGAGCUAGACGGGGAUACGUACUUAUUAACGGAUUGCUAUGAUCAAGUAGCCAAUGCUGCAAGAAAGACCUUAUGCAAAGAUGAGUUAGACGAGCUUCUGAGCAGUACAGUUGCGCAAAAGGGUCAGCGCAUAAUGAAGAAAGAUCGCGUUUCAUCAAGAAUGUCUCAGAACAGGUUGAAGAAUCCCGUUAAGCAACGUCCAACAAGCGCCAACAACGCUUCUGCUAAUCGCUCGACUCAAUCUGCCGUAUCUCUUCCUCAGGCACUUGGGCUUGUGAAUCAGCGGGAGGCUGCUUUCAUCAAGAGCUUAAAGACGCGGACGAUUAACUACAAGGUCUUUCCAAAGCGUACUCAAGAAGCAGAUGAUAUUGUCUAUGAAUUCACUAGGCUCAGCGACUUUUAUCGCUUAACCGAUGGUACAUCGGGAUAUCUUUCUGAGGAUAUCUCACGACAGCCACAUGAUGGGAUACGCGCGACCGCAAUGGACCUAAUGAAAGAUUCACACGUUGCCCGGAAUGUCCGGCCCAUGCUAGAGCUCAGGCCGCACAAAGGUAGAGACAUCAAGGACUUCAGUAACCCGACACUUUCGCAGGAAUAUGAGGUCUUCAUUGUGGGCGUCCAAACUUUAGAAGAUGUCGAUCUCGUUGGUCCUCUCUCAACCCUGCUUUUCAAGAUGAUCCAGAAAGACCCUGAAUUAUUUACAAUGCCAAGUAUCUCCGUGAAAGAAGUCAACCUUGUGGACAUGGGGUAUGAGCCGCGCGAGGCCGACCAAGCAAGCGAUUCCAUGUCUCAUGAAACUGGGCUAAUCGUAGUGCCGAUCAAAAUAUCAACAAAUAUCAUGCAAACAGACAUUAACUAUUUAACGGGAAACUUUAUCCAAAUCCUUUCUUUCUUCAGGUGCAACAUGGACAUAUACGACUUCAGUAGUAAUCAAGACUUAUCCCAGUUCAUAGAACGCAUUGAGCUUCUUGAUUGUGGAAUAAAAACACUCGCUCAAAUUCAAUUUAUCUCUGCAUUUGCACGGCUUCACUACUUAACCGUCUAUGACGACAUUACAAAAAGACCCUAUUUCAGAGCGGCAUGUCUGUACUAUUGCCCUACCCUUGAAGUAAUAAAUGACAUUCCUGUGACAGAUGUUGAUCUGACCAGAGCCGGAGCCUUCACAAAGAGGUAUGGGGCAUUUGCUCCAACACGGCGGCAGGAAGCAUCCGAUAGUCAGCAGGGCGCUUGUGCUACUAGUGUCUCCGAGACGCAAGCAGGCCGAAUGAUUCGUCAGAUCACCGCAUCUGUUGACGGGAUCCGGCGUAACCUCUGUUGCGCCACGUGGAUGCAGUUCAAGUAG